AAAACUACAUGGAUCGACAAAAUGGCUACAGAAUUUACGAUAGAAAAAUGCUAUUCUAAUAGGUGGAGAUAAUCCUGAAGUCACGACCAAAGACUAGGGUUAAUCUACAGUGGAUUUAACAUCUGCCAAGUCAAACAACCAUACCCGAAAUGUGAUGAAAUUCAAGCUGAAACUACAAGAUAUAAAGUUAGAAAGGAAGUUACUUAGAAGGAUUGUUGCGUAAAGUGUGAUGCGAAUUUAUUUUGAACGAAUAUUGUUUAUUUACGAAAUUUACUUGUAUAGCUUUAAAUAAACUGCGUAGGCCUUUUAAAAGAUAAAUUGCUCAUAAAACACUAUAAGCUUGAAACUCUCCAUAUGAAAUACAAAAAAAUCUAAGUAUCAAAUAACUGUCAUAUGAAAUACAAAUAUUUAAACAGCACAAUACAUUGAGACGUGCAUAUAAAUAACCCACACGAGAAAGAAAAGCUAGUUUUAGGAAGAUAACGCGAAGAAAUUGCGUAAUAUUAGGGCAAUAAAGAAAAUCGAAGUAUAUAAAUUUUGAUUAAAACCACCACGGAAUUGAAUAUCAGCUUGAAUGGUAUUGUGCGGAUUCGGUGAUAAAAUGGAGUAUUCUAAAUGGGAUCGUUCAGCUCUGAAUAAUUAUUUGUAAGCAAACAGAAUGUUAUUGUAAUGCAACAAAAAUAAACGCUAGCUCAUCUUGGAUUUUACGGAAUGCCAGAAGAAAUAGGCUUUUGACCGUUACUUUAUCUAUCAGAGUGGGAGGAAUGCAUGUUUCUACAUAUUUCUACAAGAAUCCCAUCUCCAAGCGCAGUUGUAUUUGCUUAUGAGUACGUGUGCUAUUUAUUUUGAAAAAAGACAGAAAAUUUGUGCCAGAGACUUUACUGUCUGGAAACGGCAGGACUGGCUUGUAAACUACUGAGAUGCUGAAACGGCUGUCGCGGACUAGUAAAACAAAUUUAUCAGUUGUAUAAUGUAUGUUAAUCGAAAUCAGAGAUCGAUAUCGAUUAUAAAUAUCUGAAUUUAUUCAUAAUACAGUACAGUAAUACAAUGAAUAUGUUUUAAGCAUUAUUCACGGAAUAAUAUUGUAAAUAUAACCACAGGCACCUGUCUAGUGUGUAAUUUAUCUGAGAGUGACAUUUUACGGUAUGAUUCUUCAUUAUUAGUGCUUGUUCAGUGCACAAUAAUAACCGAUAUCUCAUUUAAUAACUUACACUGUAGUAGAAGUACGCAUCGAAUGAAAGAACAGUGAGCAAACCCUGUUGUUAUAUAGACCAGGAAUGUUAUAAGGAAAAGCAAGAGUAGAGAUAUAUACCUGAUAAGCGUUAGUUCUUACCGCCGGUGUGGGACGAUCUGAUACGGAUUAUAUAGAGAGGUUCGAACUAUCAAGGAACGUUAAUUUGAUUGAUGGAAGAGGUUACAAAACAUAACAAAAUAUUGAACAGUUGGAUAAGUAUUGGGCGUUAUCGUUAGCAGCUUCAUACAUACAUUUGUACUACUUCCACCGAUUAAAAGGAAUAAGAAAUAUUGAAGUUAUUAUUUCAUUAAAUCAUGAAAAACAUAAUAAAUGUGGAUUACUGGACAUUCAGUGUACGGGUUCACAAAUAAACACUGCCAGUCAAGAUGAUAUGACGAAAAUUUGAAGUGAACAUUUAUUUGUGCAUUUUAUAAGUGCAGUAAUAAGAUUUGCAAUCUGAGUCAAGAAGACGCUGUGAUUUACGCCUGAAAUAUGCUCCGAGUUAAUUAAGAGAACGGGAGGCAAAUUUUAUGAAGAUUGGGAAAACAGAUUCAAGAACAUAAUUAUAUAAACAUAAUUAGCAUACAGAAUGUUCUGACAAAUUAGUUUUCAUGAGUUUUACCUCUGACAAAUUGCUUUUCAUGAUUCAAUCAGCGCCGAAAGUGAAAUACAAAAAAUUGACUCGGAGCAAACUGAACAUGUGCUAUCAUUAGUUUGAUCUACACAGACAGAUAAAUAAAACGGGCGCACCUGAACGAGUUUUCCUAACAACUGUAUUCUUUACAGUCAUUGGUUCAACUUACCUGGAAUUUGAAUUUCAAACUCUGCGGGGAGUGAAAGUGAAAGUAACUCUUUAUCAUUACGAGCAGUACAAAGUUUGUAAAUGAUUAUUCCAGAGUUUUUAGGGAGAGACACUAUUUAGUUUUACCAUAUAUAUUUAAGCUCAAUAGAAACUGUGGAUAUAACUCAUCAUAUCUUUAUUUCCAAGCAGUUAAAUCGAUGAUGAACAGGAGACUAUUUUCUUGUUGCACGGUAUAAUUUAUUUUUGGGCGACUUGUUGCUGUAAAGAUAUUCAAAUUAUCUGAUGAUGAACUGCAUCUUAAUACGGUUUACAACGCUAUAUUUUAUAAUCAAUGAUUGUGUAUCGGUGGAAGAUUACGAUAUGUAAAUCAUCUAUGCAAGUUUUGCAGAUUGCAUUACAUAGGAUACUGUGCCAAAUGAUGUUAUCGGCAAGUCAUUCCUAUUGUUGGGAGUGUUUUAGAUUGGAAUCACAGAUGCCAGUAUAUUUAGACCUGUAUUGGGUCAAUAAAUUGGAUUAAUUAAUAGAAUGUCAUCUGUGUUAAAAGAUUCCGUCAUAGGUGGACCAUUGUCAAAGGUAGUGUUACAUGAAAGGAAUAAGUCUACAAUGGGGACAAAUUAUGUAAGCUCCAAAACAAGAAUCGCCAUUAAACGAAAUUUGGCGUCAAAAGAAAAAUCAAAUGACAACGAUACUAGUACAUCUAGCAAUAAACUCGGAAAAAUUGAUAAAGUUGCAGCCCGAUCUAAAAAGCCAUCUUACAGUAGUGAAAAUAACCGCAGAAAGAACGUUUUAAACGAAAAGAGAAGUAAAUCAACAAACGUAAAAGCAGAGGAGGGCAAACUCGAGAAACACGUGCUAAAUGAUAAUGCAACUCUGAAAAGUUGCGAAUUGACAGUUUCAGUAAAUUCGCAUGAUACUGUGACUGAUGAAAAUAUUAUUAAGGAAGAUGAAAGAAUAACAGAAAAUAUAUCACACAGUGAAGUUGAAGUUACCGGAAUUAUAAAAAGUUCUCAAACUAAUAGUGUAAGGUCAAGUGAAAUUGCAAAGGCACAAAGUCGUGACACAAGUCAGAGUAAUGCAAAAAGUGAUUUAACUUCUUUGGCACAUAAAACAUGUAACGGUGGACAUACAGAAAUGGCUGAACAGCAAAACAAUCAGAAUAACUCUACAGAAAAAACAGGGGAACUAUCGCCGCCGGUAAGUGUAGUUACAAAAUCAAAACCAAUAUCGACGCAAUGUUUAUCAAAAACAGAAUCUCUUACAAAGAACAGAACUUUAAACAAAGACAGUAAAAUAAAAACUGUGAUUUCUGUAAAGUCUAGAAGUUUCAUUCCGAAACCACAAUCUGUGAUCUUAGACAGCUGUGAUUUAAAACAAUUAGAUUUUGAACUGCCAGAUGCAAAUAAAGAUACUAUUUGCAGUUCGAACACUUCUGGGCAAAUACGCCCAGUUUGCAAGACAGAAAGUGAUGCAGAUCAUAACGAGGAUGCUGUAAAGCUUACACGUAAAACACCAGACAAAUGUAUAUCCAGUAUCAAUGCAUGCAUCAAACCAACUACCAUACCAACAAAUGGGAAAUUUUCAGUGCAAAAUACAAACACUGAAAGAAAAAAUACAAAAUCGUCUCAUCCUGAAAGCAUUCCCAGUUACCAAAGAAUGACAUCAAGUGCUGCAAAUAAAGACAUUAAAAUGAAUGCAGACAAAGCACGGAUUUCUAAAUCGAAACAGCGGUCAUUGGCUCAAGAAUAUCAUUCUAAAUCCAUUGUUAAUCAAGGACACAAAUCUAAAUCAGAUUUUAGUAGAACUGAAUCAAAAAAUGACAAUUCUAAAAAAGACUGGCCAUCUGGAUUAAGAUCAAGUGUUAACGCUAUACAGACUACACGGAAUUCUGUCUCAACAACCGCUCCAUGUGAUAAAAGCAAUAGACCUGCUGAAACAGAUGCUAUCAAAUCAGAUUCAUCAAGCACAGAGGACACGAUACUGACUCCUGAAUAUAACCAAAAUACGUCUUAUGAAUGCAAGAUGACUGACGAAGAAGAAAUCGAAGCACAUAAUUCUAAUCGGGAUUCAGACAUACCUGUACAUUCAUCGCGACCAGUCGAAAGAAUUUCAAAGUCAGUAAUUGAGGUACAGAACACUAGCUGUCCAAAUGACAUUAAAAGCGAAAAUAUACAAAAAGCAAAAGUUCCGAUCAAAGAAGGCAGAAAAAUGACGUCACAGUCUCUCAUACCAAAGUCUUCUUCGGCAUCUGCAAAUAAAGUAAAGGGAGUAUCUACAUCAAUGUCCGUAACGCGAAAACGCGCAGGAAUCGAUAACAGUGCCGGUUCUAUUUCAAAGCCUAAAACAUUGAGAUUAAAACAAGUAAACGCACAACAAGAAUGUGCAACUGCAUCAGGUCCGAACACACGUGCGCGAUCAUUGACUCCAUGUGAUUUAAAGCCACUAAAUUCAAAGCGACAAAUCUCACAAGACAAAACGACCGGCUCGAGGUCGCGGUCCACGACACCAGGGGUCUCUUCCGUGUCCUCUUCUGAUAGCAGCCACUGCCGAAGUUCGGAAUCUGAACACAAAAAAGCGCGUGGCUUAAAUCAGCAAAAUUCACAGAAUGGUGAAAAUAUGAAAGAAAGUAUAUCCUCUGUUACGUCUGAUAACACAAAUAGUACUGAAAGUACUUUAAAAUCUAAAUCAUCGCAUUUUGAACAAUUAGAUUCAAAGGAAAAACCUGAUAUGAAAAGUAUUUCUAACCCGAAAUUGCGAUCUCAGACAUCAGGGACACAAAAAUCGGAAAAGAGCCAGUCAGCUAACAGAAACAUAAGUCCACGAUCCCAGUCCACUGCUCCUGGGACUACAUCUUUGUUAGCUGAUAGAAAUACAGACAGAAAACAGGACUUGAAGUCACGAAACGCACAAAGAGAUAAGCCAUUAAAAAAAGAUUCAAACUCACGACUGCGGUCUAACACAUCAGAAUUGUCCGUAGCUGUCUCUUAUAACAAUAAAUCUGGCGCACAGAAAACAACACAAGCUCUUAAGGAACACUCAAGAGGGAACCAGACAGUGAGAAGGGACUCGGACUCCCGAUCGCGAUCCACCACACCAGGGGCGCCAUCCACAUCAUCUAGUGGUCCCCAGAUUCAAACAAGUGCCUGCGAUCAAGCAAUGACUGAUAAGACUGUCGCAUUAAAGAGAGUUUCUAAAUCGCGAUCUUGCACACCAGAUGCCCCAGCAACCGUUUCCGGUAAGAACACAUAUAGUAAAGGUAAUUCAAAACAAACAAAAUGCAGUUUAAAACAGGAUGUAUCACAGAAGGAAAUAGACUCGAACUUUACCAUUUCAAGGUCGUCGUCUACUACUUCUAGUAACAACUUUUGUAAUGGUGGCAGUAAAUCUUCUUCGAAACAGAGUUUUAAACAAAAUGUCUCGCAAACGGAACAGACGGCCUGUACAGAUUCGAACUCGCGGUCGCGUUCUACCACUCCAGGGGCAGUAUCGACUUCUUCCGGUAGCAGUGUAAGCGAUAGUAGUAUUAAAUCUUCAUCAAGGCAAACAAUGUCGAGCUUAAAGCAAACUAUUUCACCAAGGGAUAAAAGUUUGAACGGAAACAAGCCCUCGCGAUUGAAAUCCAUCCCAUCUUCAUCCAGAAGCUUUCAUAAUACCAAAACGUCAACAACAAAUCGUUUAAAACAACCAAACUCCCAAUUGGAGCUGAAAGAGACAAGACAUUCUGUUUUAGGUACACGGCCUGUCGCGUCUGCAACCUCGUGUAAUUCAUCCGACCUUAGUUUAAAAUUAGUCUCAAAACCAGCGACAUUAAGACGACAAGAUUCAAAAGGCGACUUGAAAAGUGACAGAAAAUCUCGAUCGAGGUCAUCGACACCAGAUGCCUCCACCUUGCCUCCAGGUAGAAACAGCUGCAACAAUGCUUUCCUGAAACAUAAAGCAGCCUCUAAGCAAAAUUCACAAUCUGACCAAAUAAAAUUGCGAUCUAAAAUUCCAAAAGAAAUACCAGUACUAACAAGAAACUGCAGCGGCGACAAAGUAUCCCGUCAUUUAGAAUCUCGUAAACCAGAGGGAACAACUGAUUCGACCUCUCGCUUGACGUCAACAGUAUCUGACAGAAAAAGAAAUAGUACGGAGGCUAAGACAGACGAACAAUCAGAUUCAAACGAAACCACACAAAUGUUUUAUAUGAAAACGAAAACUGCCUUUAGUCCGAAACGCAAUGAUAACAAGUCACAGAAUUUGGAUAACACCGAGACAGACGAUAAACAGAAACCAAAGCAUCAUAUUUCAUCCAAUCAAGUACACCGACUUCAAGGUAAAACGAAUGGCAUUCUCAUUUCUGAAAAGGGGAGAGCUACAAUUGAACAGACAAGCACAAAAAGCAAAGCAAGAGAGUCUAAAAGCGCAUCAGCACUAAGUUCUGUAACUAAAUCAAACUCACAGCUUCAAGUUACGGCGAGUUGCAGCUCUUUUACUACAGUAUCGAAUUUUGCUGGAAACACUAGGCAAGGAAAUAAGCACUCGGAAUUAUUAGGCAGUCAUAAUAUUUGCGGUAACAAAACUCAAGUGCUAUCUCCAGCCGAGAAUGAUAAACUGAUAGAGAAAUCGACAAAAUUAUCAAUUAAGCCUGACUCACGGAUAAAAGCUGGCAAAAUACAUACUUUAGUGAAAAAUAAAAAAUCUAACAGCUUACAGACAUCUUCUGAAAAUAGAAGCCGCUUACAAAGAGGGGAUAGAAGUUUUCAAAAGAAAGUCAAUAAAACACUGGUUUCCGAUAAUAAAUCAAGAAAAACAGCAUCACUGUCUGUCAUUAAAAGAGACGGUAUUUCAACAAAGCCUUGUAAUAAAUCAGAAAAAGAAGAAACAUGUAAACAAAACAGUCAAUUACCAGGGAAUUUAACAUUAAGUAUUGCAAAUUUUGAGUUGGAAACACAAGGUGUAUACAUUGCCGAUGAGUUAAUUGGUGUAGACACUUGUCUAAUUAAGGACGAAAAUGAGCUUGUUGAUAUUUGUGGAUCAGAUCUUCUGAAUACUGGCAAAAACGAAAUUAGUAACAUGCAUAGAACGGACCGCAUAACAUCCGAAAUUACUGACGAUGAAAAAAGUAAUUCUAUUGAUUUUAAUUUGGACAGAAGUGAUUACCAUACAAAUGUCAAUCAUUUGUUGGAAAAUUCUAUGUGUUCUUCAGAAAUAAAAGAUAGAAUGUAUUCUGAAGAGAACGAGCACAGUGGAAAAAAUGACAAUAUAGGAUGCAUUGCUCUUAUAUCGGGAAAACAUAAAUUUCCUUCAAAUGCUCUGUGCAUAGACAUUAAUUCCAUUGACCGCGAAACAACUACUCAUGACCCUAACACUAAGGUCAGCAGUAAUUGCUUAUCAGAUGUGCGAGAAAUUGAGAUAGAGCGAGUAAAUUGUGAAACAUAUACAGAAAUAACUAGUUUACAAAAUGAAACUUCAAACUAUGACGGUGAAAUAGUUCUGUGUUCAGAGAGACAAUGCUCAACAAACACUUUAAAUAAUAAGGAUCUUACUCCAUCAGAAAAUGAAAGUGAUAUAUACGGAAUGGAAAAUAUUAGUUUACAACCUUGCAAGGAAUGUGAAAUGCAAAUUGAUACAUCGUUGUCAGAUGUGCCGGAAACACAAAUUAUCUCCAUUUGCAGUUUAUGUAGAGAUAAUUCAGACAGUGCCAGUAUAUUUAAAAAUGUGAAAAAUGGAAAAUUGGUCAGUAUUGAAAAUAAAUGUAUACUCUGUAAUAAAGACAUGUCUGCGGAUAAUGCUUAUUGCAAGUAUGAAGAAAAAUAUAGCGAAGUAGAAAAUGAUAAAAUAAUAAACUUGAAACAAACGAAUGGAACUUCCGAUGUGCAUAUUUCUCAGAGUUUUAGUUGUCAGGAUGAUAAGCAAACAGAAAAUUCAACUUUUGAAAUAGACACAUGUGAUGUAAACAGUUCAAACAAAAUGCCAAUCAUCGGCGGGUGUGCUUUCAAGCACGCAAACUUCAGUGAUUCUCAGAGAGAUAACGCCAAAUGCACCGAUGCCGUCCCAGUCACAGGUGCCGUAAGCUCUCAGAUUGAAAAUAAAAGACAAGAUAAAAAGAUUACGUCACUAUCGAGUUGUGGGAAACGUAAUACUGCGUUGUGUAGCAACAAGAAUGGUUUAGUACUUAUUUCUGAUAGAGACAUUGUCGGGAACUUGGGUGUCGGAUGUAAAAGUGCUACAAUGGAUCAGGUCACGACAAAUCUUGAAAUGGGCCAAGAUUAUGAUGAUGCAAGUUCAAACACUGACAAAUCAGUUUUCAGAACAAAUAAAUCGGAAAAGAUGGUUAAUGACUUUGAAUGUAAUAAAGGUUCAUUAGCUGCUGAACAAAUUUUAUCUGAUUGGCAAAAUUCAGACUUAUGUGAUUGGAUACCUUCGCAAAAUAUAUCACAAAUACAGGUGCUAAAGAACUGUGAAAUAAACAAAGGAACUUCCGAGCCAGAAAAUAGUUCUGGAAGAUUCAAACGUAAUGAUAAUUUGUCUCGUGAUAAUAUGGAUUCAGUUCGGGAAGGUAAUAAUAUAGAGAAUGAUGCAAACGAAAUGUGCAGUCAUGACAUUAAAUGUGGUACAGUAUGUGAUUUUAAUUUUGAACAAAUUAAGGAAACUGAAAUUUUAGGACAUCAAGUAAAUACAGAGCAGGAAUUAACAUAUGUCACGUUAAAAGAUUCAUUCAAUACUGUAGAAAGUGAUGGCAAUGUUAAGACAUCUACACACGACAGCGUAAAACCAUCAAUCAAAAGUGACAAAUAUUUCUAUAAUGACAACGGAGAGGAAUCGUGCAUAUCGACACUGUUGCAGAAUGAGUCUUGUCCAAGAGAUUAUUUGGUGGAUGAAACAAGCCUGCCAAAUCAGUUAACAUGCGUUUUUGAAAAUGUCGAAAACAUCAAUUAUCAUAACGAUGAAAACAGUUCACCUGAACGAGAUUUGCGAACAAUGGAUGCUAAACAAAUUAACACAGAACAUGACCUGUCGCUUCACGCUUCAUAUAAAUGUACAAAUAUAAGUCAAAAUUCAAGGGAAUUAGACCACACUGGAUUAGAGCUCAUCAGAUAUUCAGAAUCUCGUGAAUGUAAACAGUGUCCAUUGAAUAAUGAAAAAAGUAUUGAAAUUGUUUCAAAUUGUGCGGAAGAAGAUAUUAAUGGCACAUUGCCGACAGAAAAUUUCGAACAAAAUCAAUUAUUAAGAUUCAACCCAGAUGGAUUUCUGUCAGAAGUGGAGCUCAAAAUUUAUACGACUGGUAAACCUUCUGUUUUAGAUGUCCAAGAAAAACAAGCCGACUGUUUUGAUUUGGGUAAUGAUUCCGGGAGUUUAUUUUCACAACAGACAAUUACAGAUGGACUAAUUAUGACUACAAGUGAAAUUAGUACGUCUGAUCCCGGACAAAACCUUACGUCGCAGGACAAAGAAAAUCUUUUUAAUACAGGUAAUAUUUCCAGAAACAUUGGGAGAAAUAUAUCUAUUUCUGACACGGAUAAUUUGACACAAAAACAUUGUAAUGAGUUUAAACAUUCGAACAAUAGCUCUUUUUGCAGUGUUCCAAAAUUAUCUGAGUGCAUAUGUGAAAUGUAUCCGAAUUUGAAAUCAAAAAAUAAAAAGUGCAGCGAAUUGAGCAAUGAAAAAGAAAUAAACCAUGAAGAUAUAAAACGUUCAAACGUGACGCAAAAUGCCAAUUUGAAUACCUGUUCCUUAAAUAUGAAAUUAAAUGAUAGCGCCUGUUUAUUUCAAAGUUAUAAACAUUCAGACAGAGAUGCUAUCAACGUAUCUUCUGAAUGCUUAUAUUGUACUGACUUAUCGCAGACUUCAGAAAACAUUUCAAACAGUUAUUCAAAAAAGUUGCACUCACGGGAUGAUUUAAAUCAGGUAAAUUCCGCAGAGCAUGGAUCAUUGAAAAAUACGGGAAAUAAAUUAUGCACCGGUUCCAUACCGUGUGAUGGAAAUAAAGAACAGAUAAGCACCCAUAUCAAUUGGGGUAAAUCUACUGAAUAUCAGGAUUUAAGCGACUUAUCUUCGCUCUUUGAUGAUUGCGAAGAUAUUGACUCCCGUGGGACCAUGUCACGUGACAAUACGCGCGUGGCGACGGUAAGCACUGAGUUAAGUUCGGAACUUUCCGCUGAAUUGACCGACAGCAAAACACUUAAAACUCUUAAUCCUUGCUCAUAUCAAGAUGGUUUUGAAGAUAAGCCAUCCGGUGAGUUAUCGGCAGUUAAAAUUACUACACAGAAAAGUAGCUGUAAUCUAGUGUUUUCAGAAAAAUCCAGCGAACCGAAAGAUCUAAUGUUGAGAUACGAGCACAAAAAUUCUACGGGCCAUAAGAAAUUUUAUUCUUGCAAAGAUGAACUUGAUACCGGUAUCGCCAGCGCACAGGAAGAAAAUAAUUUUAGAAAUUUGGCAGCUAUUCGUGACGAGGAUAUCAAUUGUGAAAUUAAAUUAAAUAAUUUAAAUUUAGAAACACCCUCACAUUGUGAUUCUUCUUCAUUGGAAAGUGAGCAAUUGAAAACAAAAGUAAAUUCAAAAGGUAUUCAGGGACAAGGCUUUGAAACAGAACCAAAAUCGUGUGCUACAGGCGGAGCAAAACUUUUCGAAUUGCAUACUGGACUUCUCAGUGGACAUUAUAGUUCAGAACAGGAUAAUUGUUUUGGCCUUUCUAACAAAGAGGGCAUUGAAAUAGGAACCAAAUUAUCACAUGAUGAAGAUGUUUUCAGCGAAGAUAACGGCUUAUCCAGCGCUAAUCCGGAACACGGGUCAGAUAAGGAUUAUCGCCAUCAUCAAAAUGUAGAAAACGGAUUUCUACAGGAAAAUUCAAUUAAAAAAGACACAUGCCAAACAGAGGGGGAUGUAAACGGAAUAUUAACGCUACAUAACGAGGAGUCAAUUUCGAACUUUAAUUUGCCGGAAAAAAGUGAAAACAGUUUAUCUGGUACUGCUUAUACUGGAAAUAAAAACGAAAUUCAGACUCAAAUUAAGGAUAAUUUAUGUGAAGAAUUAUGUGUACGAAAGUCUUCCGAGCCAGGUUGUAUUUCAGAGUUACAGAGCCCGCCGGAAAAAGGUACUGUGACAAAUGUAAGUAUUUCUUAUAACGAUAUAAGUGACACAUCAGUUGCAAGAAUAAGUAAUAGUUCAGAUUUGAAUACGACUAGAGAUUUCAAGUUUCCAGAAAAAGUAAAGGAUCUUGAAUUUUGUGAAAACAAGCAACCAGAUAAUAGUAUAAAUGAAAAUACUUCAUCUUUAGAUGAAAUCUUGAGUGAUACAAGCGAAGCUUUUAUAGAUGCAGAGGACCGUUUGAUUUCGCCAUUUACAGACAAAAUAAAUACAGUGUGUGACAAAAAUUCUGUUGCAAAUAGUAAAGAUUUGAAUAUUUCAUGCGGAGCGAGUACUUCAACAGAAAGCUUUGUGGAUGCAGUUGAAAGUUUAGAUGACGAUUAUCUAACGUCUACAAAUUUUCGUCACUCGAAUGAGUUUAAAAAUGAAGAAACUUUGUCACAAACUUCAUCAAGUGUUGAUGAUAGCUCGACAAGUAUUGCUGGCUCUAUGGAUGAUUUGUCGGGCUGGGAAGAAUUUUCCGAGAAUAUAGUAGAUAUAAAUGACUACAAUGGUGAUAUGGAGGCAAAACGAUUAGGUAUGACAAAUAAUGAUAGGAAUUCGCAAUACACUUUACCAGAUGGCCAAGCGCACGCGGCUGUAUGUAUAACAAAACGUGUUUUACAUGAUAAAAGUUAUCAAAGUCCAUCACCCACUUCGGAAUCUACUGAAACAUAUCUGUCAAAGAUAAAAACAAACUCUUUAAGAUAUAAAGAUAUGAGAUAUGGCGCGGACCAAAAAGUUAUCGGAAGUUCUAUUUUUGAAACAGGAAAUGGAGGUACUCUUAAGGAUAUUGAUGUCAAAGGUGUCAGAACUGAGACGAGAGCUUGUUCAAAUACUAAAUCUAAAGACGCUGACCACUAUGGACAAGAUCAUGGUAGUGCGACGAUAUUGCAUGGUGCAACCAUCACACAGCCAGGCUCCUCGGGUAUUGGGAAGAGUGAAACUCAUAUACCAACAACCGCUGUUGACUCCAAAAUUGAAACAGCGGUCAUUAAACGGACACAACGACGCCGAAGACGGCAGAUAGGACAACAAAAAGUGAGUAUUACCAGUGAUUGUGUGAACGAGCAUAUAUCUGAAAUAAAAUUGAUAAAUUCAAAGCAAGGAGACAAGGCACACGACAAUGAAUCCAUUGAGAAAAGUUCUGGCUCGCAUUCCGAACAUUCUAUAUAUUCCUGCACCGUAUCUGAUAACAUGACCUUCAAUAAUAAGCUAGCGUCUGGAACUAAAGAGCUAUCACAGCAAGUUAGCACGAAUUUAAAUUUGAAUGAAUUUAAUUUAGACCGGAGUACAAACUCAGGAACGCCUUUGAACUCUGGCUAUGACGAUUACGUAACGAAAGAAGUGAGCAGCGGUAGAGAUAAGGUAGAUACGGCUGAAUGCACGUUUACAGACAGGAAAAAUGAAAUUAUUUUGACGACCAGUGCAAUAGAAUUAGAUGAAACUCGGAAAUUUAAAACAAGUGAUAAUGAAAGUAAUAAACCCGGGGAAAAUAAUGAUGACAAUGCGAUAUGUCAAAAAGACGCCACAAUUGACGGUGAAUAUGCGACGAAAAAUGAUACAAUUAAUGAUGUUCAAUUAACGGUUGAAUUAGAAGAAAAUAUACAAAGGAAGGAUGUUGAUUUUGACGAUAUUGAGUUUAUUGAUGCAGAUGACACCACAAUCGAUGAAACGGAAAUCGAACAUAAUGCGUUAAAGGAAACUGGUCCAUUAGAAGAAAAUGAAAACGAAUCGAAACAGGAAAAACAGAUAUCACCAAAUGUUUCUUUCACGUUUUCGUUUGGAGUAGACUGCACAGAAGUAGGUAUCGAUGCAAACAACGGUAUUUCUACAAGGGAUUCUAAGGAACACUUAAUACCUGGUGUACAAACCGUAAAUAGUGUUGAUACAAAGGUCAGUACAUGUGCAUUGGAAGAAAACCAGUCCCAGAACCAAGAACAACAAUUAGAUUUAGCAGGAGGGGGUGUCAAAGAAGACAAUGUGAUUCUUGAGGAGUCAGAAGUAACUUGUGAAAUAAAUAUCUUGACAACUAAAUCAAACAUAGAUAAUGGGCAAACCGAUAUAGGAAACUGUCAGGACAAUGAAGAAGCGGUCUUAAAUGAUCUAAAGGCCAGUACUCCUGUUGAUCAGUUACAAGAAUCUCAACAAUACAGUGCAGAGAUCAGUAUGCAGGCAGAUAUAUGUGAGGAGUCAAAUAUAUCCGUGCGCCACGCACUUGAACUGGAGAGACAGAAACUUGCAGAUGAUGACGAAAGCAGAAGUAGGAAAAGUUUGUUCAUUAGUAAACGAAGUGGAAGGCGUGCCACCAUCGAAACCUGUUCACUCGAAAACAAAGAGGAGGAUGAAACGGGGAGUGAAACGAGCAUUGGUAAUGAAACAACAGCGAAACCCGCUAUAAAGAAAAGUAAAAGCUUUCGGAUAGAUAGAAAACAAAUUUCUCCAAUGGCUUCAUUUAUGAAUCCACCAGAGCUUCCAGAUGCCAGUGACAACAAGGAUACGUUAGAGCCUAUUAAUAAAAAGGUGUCCGAUAUAUGUAAGUCUUUCAUGACUAAAACAAAAGCUUCUGCACAAAGAACACGAGCCAAGAAUCUGUCGAGAUCACCAGCUCCUCAGAGAAAAUUAAUGAAAUGGGUAAAUAAUCAAGGAAAAUGGAUGCGAAUACCUAUAGAUGACACGCAAGACAAUACAGAUUAUACAAAGGACAGUCAAAGCCCUACCGAAUCUUUACAGAAGCCUGUGCACAGUGAAAACUGCAUAAAUGCAACUGUAGAAAGUCCUGAUAACACAAUUUUAAAAGCAGAUAACGACAAAUGUGAUGAAAAUCGAUUACUCGAUAAACAAUACACUCCUCCUGCUGAAAGAGAGACACAUGUAUCUAAUGAUGGUUUAGAAACAAAUUCAAAAGAAGAUGCACUUGAUACAGAUAUUUCUAAAAUAAUAAAGUCUAUUAACAAACAGGAGGAAUUGAUAUGCAAGUCACCAGAUGCGAUCCAGACAAAAAAUGAAACGACAGAAUCACAACUGAUAAUGAAAUGCAACAAUGUAACAAAUGAACUAAUCUGUGUUGAGAAAGGUGACUCAAACAAUGAGAACAAAUCCCAUGAUAUAGAUGUGAAAUCCUCCUCUGGAAUAGUACUAGAUACAAAUGAAUCUGAUGGCGGUAAUGCAUCCAAACCAAAUGCAGAUCAAAAGGUUGAUGUCACAAGACAUAUGGAAAUCCCUCAAACUAGAAGUGAUCUACACAGCACACUAAAGCCUUUUUCGAAUACAGGUGAACAUAUUCCGAUAAAUGAAAUUACAGAUCCUACAACGACAGACACGUCCUCAGAGCCUUGUAGCACUGAUCCUGAUGCCGAAAUUGAAAUGAAAGUAAUAGGAACAACUUUAGACGAUGCUCAGUGCGGUCAGGAAAAACAUCUAAAAAGACAAGAACUUCUUUUUGGGCUCCUUGAUAGCUAUAACAGGAGAAAACCAAGACGUUUUACGCAUCAUGAGUCCUAUAAAAAUGUACAAAAUGCAUUGAAAUCACAGUGUCAAAACGUUGACGUAAAUAUCGUUGAAAAUGCUUGUACUGGCAGUACUACUAUUGAAAAAAGUGCAAACAUGACUGAUAAUCCAAAAUGCAUACCAAAAAUAAAAGCUGUAAAGAUUCAAGAAGAAGUGUUUGAAUGUAAGACGGAAUACUUAAAAGACACAAAUAUAAGUCAGUCAUCUAAAUGUGAUAUCAGCUUUCCAUCAACAGAGAAUAAUGAAAGUAAAGUGUCUCAAGAACAAAUUCUUUCAGAAAAGGGUAUCGAUUUCAAAGCAAUGAAACUGCCAAUUAGAAAAUCAAAAACAUUUUCUGGUCUCGGUGAUAUAGAAAGACAAAAACAUGUAACCCAUAGAACUAGUGACAAUACAAGUGUUCCAUGUAAACCAACUGUUUCACCGACAGUCAUAGUCCAAACGGGUAAUUACAGUGUUAAAACAGAAAGUGAUAAAAAUGCAUUACAUUACAAAAAUGAUACUACUGCAGUGCCGUCAGUUUCGAGAAUGUCGGACAAGAGAUCAAAAGCUGGAUUAAAAUUGAAUUUAGAUAAAACCCAAACCAGAGGAAGGAACGAUUUGCAGUCAGAUAGAUCUCCCAGCAGGCUUGGACCAGACCAUUGUAGAGGACGUUCCAGUGGUGACAGAUCUCCUAACAGACUUUGUGUGGACCAACCAAGAGUUCGUUUAAGAUCGCCUGAAAAGGGACCAAGACAGAUCCCACGAUCUAAGUUGUUGUCGGAGAUUGUUGAAGUGGAGGAAAAUAAGGAUGACGUCUCGGUGACAUGUGAUCGUCGGCAACAACAGCAGUAUUACAGUGAUAGGCAGCGACAGGAAGGACCAAAACCAGUGAGGCGUAGCAACAAACGUAGGAGUCUCAGUCUACCAACAGGGACGCUAGCAUUCGGCGAUGCAAGGAUUGUAUAUAAGAAUGGGCAUUUUACAAUCGAAACCAUGGACAACUCAGAAUAUGAUUCCUCACAGCCUGCUGAUUAUCACUCCAGUUCCCGGCAUCUUGAUAGUCAUGUAGGUGACAUGUGGGAUAUGCCGGACACCAGCGGAAACUAUUCUAGAGUGAAGAGUGAUUCAAGGGAGGUAACAGACAUGCAUAACAAACCUCAUAUGAGGAGGCAGAAUGCAAAAACAGUGCUACAAAGUAGUGAUUCUACCGAAGAUGUGUUCUAUAGUGAAACUGAAUAUGUAGAAAAUGUUAGCCCAUAUAAAUCAAAUUUAAAUGGUGAUUCUAAAGUGCUAAAUAUGGGUCGGACCAGUGAAGAAGUUUUUAAUGAGUCUUGUUCUAGUCGGACCUCAGAUAUGUCAGUAGAUAGUUAUUCCUCAGAAAGAAUGGAUUUAAGUACGGAUGAUUCCCUGACAGAUGCCCAAAAACUAAGUAGCUCUAGCCUUCCUGACGCGAAAGAGGAUGACGUGAAACGUGUUAUACAACGUGCGAAACGGACAUCCAGUUUCCGUGCUGCACAGGAAGGUGGUUCUCUUAGGCUUUCUGGGAUAGAAGAAGAUAAAGUUCAUAAUAGUACUAGAGCUAGAUCGGUAUCGCUAGACGACAGUCAGAACUCUGACUUGAAAAAUUCUCCAAAGAUACAAAAUGUGCAAAAUCAAAAUCCAACAUUUUUGAAAAAAGUGAUGGGGAGGAGAAAAACUCUGAAUGAGAAUCUCAAUAUAUCGGGCUUUUCAAAACAGAGUGAGUCGGCAAAAGAUUUUUUCACCAAGAAAAUGACAUUGAAAGGCCUUUUUAGGAAAAACAAAUCGGAUACAUCAGUUAAUAGUCCUUUGAAAACUGAGCACCCGGUAAGCCCACCUAUUGCUGCAUUUCAGGAUGAUGACAUUGGUAGUUUUGAUACCCCACCCGGUUCUCCUUACAGAAGUAGAGAUUUACGCCGCAGACAUACGUCUGCUGACAUACUAAAGUCAUAUCCUGAUUCUAGUGAAACUGAUUCUAACUGCCCUACACCAACUCAAGAAAGGAGCAAUAUAUCAAGACAUUCUAUUUCGUCCCCUUCAACUCCUUCUCAUGAGGCAAACUCAUUCUUGAAUCUCAGCCCCCACUCAGCCCCGCAUUUUCGUGAUGAUGACGAGAUGAGUAUAACGUCGGCAAGUAGUUAUGCCAGUAGUAUUCACUCGCCACCCCUUGAGCAACCUCAUAAACCGAAAACACCUAAACCUGUGGGGGCCUCUCCACGGAGAAAUGCUAGUGUUGGUUCCCAGUUAUCGAGAUCUGGUUCCCAAUCUUCUCAAAGAAAUGUAAUGAAUUCAGUGACUUCGUUAGAAAGUGACCAGUACGAAUCGUUACAAGACGAUACUAUAAGAGACCCAAGAUGUGAGUGCAGUUAUAAAUCUGAUGAAAUUAAACACAGAACAUCCAAUCGUAAUGUCAGAGGCUCAUCUGGCUCGUUAAACAUGUGCCAAUUUUGUAAACAAAUGGAAUUUUAUAAAAUUGAUAGUGCUUUUUCAAGUUCAUCAUUUCAUAAACAGCAAUUGUUGAGUAAAGAAAAAGUAAGUGAUGAUAGUACUAGGUUAAGGAAAGAUUCCUCGGGACGAAUUAACUACGAAAGAUUGGGAAUUAUAUCACAAGCAGACGUUGCGUCAAGUAACAGCAAUGACAGUGGCAUACAGCGUGACGCCAGCGUGCAUUCCAGUAAUGAGUCAAUAAAGGGAACAUCAGAAAGCCGUAUUCGACUGCGCCGAAAUAAGUCUUUAUCGCCACAUCCCGACAGACCGAAAUCAGAAAUAAGUGUACGAUGGGCUGAUGGGGACUCGGGAGACUACGACAUCACAGAGACGCCAGUUAAAUUACGGAAUAAAAGCCCCAGAGAUAGACCUCGGCCAAAAUCAGAUCUCGAGGACAAUAUACACCUGUUUGAUGAGCUUUUUGAGGAAGUGUUAGAAGAUUUUGAAACAGAUGGCAGCUCAUUUUUGUCGCAGAGAAUGAAGGCGUUUGGCAGUGAUAUCAACUUGCAGCCGUACUGCUCACUGCGGAGUUUGUACGAGAUGAAACGGCAAGACCUGGACAGACAGAAGAACAGACGGAUGUCAACCCCUCAUCCCAUCAAGUCCCGCCUACAGAGGGUGCCACAAAAGUUGCAUAAACAGCCGCCCCUUGUGCGAUCCAGCAGUAUGCCAGAAAGUCUCGAAAAAAUCCACAAACGCAGAAAGAUGCACCAUCUGCUAGACUUCCAUUUAGACAGUUUGUCUCGGCACAUGGACAUUGACACCCUGUCAGACGAAUCUGACCUUUCGUUUGAUCAGGCCAGUCUACAGGAAAGAAGUGUGAGCAUCCAGUCGUCCAGCAGUCAGCUUACAGCCAUGGACGAGGACGAGGACAACCUGACUUAUGCCGAAGCGUUAUGGGACCACAUCACCAUGGAUCCUGAAGAACUAGGGUUCCGAGCUCAAGAUGUUAUAGAAGUGCUCGACAUGGCAGAUAAGGACUGGUGGUUUGGUGUCAUAGACGACAGGGAGGGUUGGUUUCCGGCCACUUUUGUCAGGAUCCGUGUAAAUCAGGACCAACUAGAUGACGACCUUGACCUUGAUUCUACCAUACAAGAUAAUCUUACGACUAGUCCAAAAUUACGACGUAUCAGCAUGUUUAACAAGAACCAGGCUAGAAGUAACGUAGUCAAUGAGAUUAUAAAUGCAGAAAGAGAAUACGUCAAACAUCUUAAAGAUGUUGUCGAGGGUUAUAUCCAGCACGCGAGAAAAAGAACGGAGAUGUUUCCGGAGGAACGGAUAUUGUUGAUAUUUGGCAACAUUGAAAAGAUAUACAGUUUUGCUCAGAAGUUUGUGUCUCAACUAGAAAUGUGUAUAGACGUUUGUCCCCAUCUUAGUGAGAUAGGCCAGUGCUUCCUUGAUAAUGAGCGAGGUUUUGAGAUCUAUUCAGAUUACUGUAACAACCAUCCGUCCGCUUGUGAAGAACUUGAUGAACUUUGUAAAGAUUCUAAAUAUAAGCACUUCUUUGAGGCUUGCAGACUUCUACAAGAACUUGUUGAAAUUCCAUUGGAAGGCUUCCUGCUUACCCCCGUCCAAAAGAUCUGUAAAUAUCCAUUACAACUUGCCGAACUCUUAAAAUACACGCCCCCAGACCAUCCAGACUAUAUGAUGGUAAAAGAUGCUUUAGCUGCCAUGAGAAAAAUUGCCACAUUGAUCAAUGAACGGAAGAGAAAAAUGGAAAGUAUAGAAAAGAUCGCAGUGUGGCAGCAUUCUGUAGUAGACUGGGAGGGUCCUGACCUUCUAGAAGGGAGUUCUGAGUUGAUAUUGUCAGGAGAGUUGAACAAAAUCAACACAGCUGGUUGGUCACAGGAGCGCUUUUUCUUCCUCUUUGAUCAUCAAGUUGUUUAUUGUAAAAAGGAGUUGCUCAAGCGACAUGUAUUCAGCUAUAAAGGAAGGAUAGAUCUAGAUCACUGUGAUAUUGUAGAUAUACCUGAUGGAAAAGAUAGUCAGUAUAAUGUGACAGUAAAACAUGCAUGGAAGUUUCAUGAGACACACAGAGAUAAAUGGUACCUUGUUUAUGCCAAAUCUGAGGCUGUCAAACAGUCAUGGCUAAAGGCAAUUAGAGAUGAGAGACAGCGGGUGCUUGAAGAUCAAGAAAAUGAUUUUUGUGUCCCAGACCAUUGGAAGCAAACUGUUUUAAACAAAGUCAGGUCCCAGUCACAUUUAAAAGACAAGCAGUCCGGAGGUCGAACAUCACAUGGACAGAUUAUGUCACAGAAAGACUUGAAAGACUUUACCUAUGCUACUCUACCUCGUCAUAGAAUCUCACAAAAACAUGAUAAAAAGAAAGGCUGGUUUAAAUUUGGAGGAGGAAAGAAAUCUAAAAGAUGAAUUCAGCCUCAGUUUUUAGACUUUGACUUUAAAUAGAGAUAUUGAAGUGUUCACAACAAACAGUGGGGAAGAGACAUGUAGAGUACUGGGAAAAAAAGCAGCACCAAGAAAUCUCAUACAGAUGGGAUAGAGAUAUUUUACAGAAAAUUGUGUUCUCAUUUUUUCCUUCAAACUUGAUAAGUUUGAGGAUAAAUCGACCAAUGAAAAUUUUAUUCAAGGGGAACAAUCCAUCUUUUUUUGUAUAUUUGCUGAAGUUUCAUGACAAGAGUUGUCUUGCGUUAGUGCAAAAAAUGAUAUAUACAGUGGUAGAUUAUUAUCAGAUGGAAUUCCUGCAGUGUGAAAAGGUUUUAGAAGAUAUCAAUUUUAGAUAGAUGGAGAUAUUUUCAAGAAUGUCUGUGAAGACAUUCACUGGAUAUGUGCAAUAAUAUGUACUAUGCAUGUGUUAAUAUGUUUAACAUUAAAAUGCAUGCUUAGUUAAAAUGAUACAUGCAUAAUUUCAUGCCAUAGUUGAUAUGGACCAUUUCCUGACAGAAAUAUAAUUAACCUUUAUCAUUCUCUAGGCAAGUGAUUUAGCCUUUCUGACCAGUGCAGACCAGUGCAGACCAACAUCAGCCUGCACGUCUGUGCAGGCUUAUCAUGGUCUGCACUGUUUGAUAUUCAGUAAAUUUUUGAUAUUCAGUAAAUUUUCAAUGAACACCCAUUUGAAAAAUAAAUGGUACUGCCCAAACUGAAUGAUAGACCGGUCUGUUUUAGAAAUAUAGCAGAUUCAAGGUUAAUAUUAUGGACUUUUCUGCUAUAAGAAGGAAACCAGUUUGUCAUAAACAUGAAAGGCUUAAAUGAAUAUAUCUGAUUUAUAUUUCUACUUGUCUUGAUUUCAUUUUCACAAAUAUUAUACAUUUUAUUAUAAUGUUAAAUGCAGAUUUUAAAGUAUAGUGAUUGAGGUAUAUAAAAUCUCUGCCAUGGAGACCACUGUUUUUCUUCUAAGGUGGUUCAGUUCUUGAAAUAAGAGACAAUGGAAAUGUUAAAAAGUUAAAUGAAAUAAAUGGUCAGGUGGUCACUGCUAAAGUGUGGUCUAGCCCAGGUUUGACUGUAUUGUUGUAAAGUUUUGUGCUCUUUCAGUCAUUAAAAAGAUGAAAUACACUGAAAAUUUUGAAUAUAUCCUGAAUGAUUGCAGUACCAAAAUUGUAUUUUUACAGAUGUUAAGAUAGGCCUAACUGCUGAUCUUCUUUUUUUCAUAUAUUUUCUGUACUAGUCUAUUUUUUGAUGGAUUAAAUAAUGAAAAUAUAGCUUUUGGUACAACAGAUAUUGAGCCUUUUAGAAAUUGUUAACUUAAAUCAUGUUCUGUUUACCUUCGUGUUUGAGACUGAUAGUUGACACUGGCUGCAGUGAAAUUUGAUUAUAACAAGUAAGAUGGCAGAAAAAUCAUUGAAAAUUUGACCGCUAAAUCUACAGUAGUAAGUCCAUUCAUUAUAUAAAAAGGAUUCUCUUAGUAUACUGAAAACUAGUGUGUUUGUCUGUGGUUUAUUUGUUGAAGUAUUAUAUUUGUGUGUCACCAGAAAGCCAAAAUGUUUGUUCCAGUUAGUCCAGCGCAAGGCUAUGAAUGAAAAGGUAACAGGUUUAAUCCAGAUGGAAGGUGAAUGUUCUAAACUUCUGUCACAGAAGAGAAUAUCAUGUCAUCAUCUGUUCUUAUAAUCUUUUUCUGUGGUCAGAUUCCCAGUUCUUUCUAUGAAAUAACCUAGUACUGAAAUGGAAUCUAGCAGAAUGUGACAUAACUGAGGUAAUUUUGUCCAUAAUGAACAAACUGUUUACAGUGAAUACAUACCAUUUUAUUUUUAGAUUGCCAUUUUCCCUCUAUUUUUUUUCCCACCUAAAUGUUCAAGAUCUGAAGGGCCUAAUUUAGCAUUACUUAAUAUAUACUGUUCGUAUGGUGAUAUAUAUUUUAGACAUAUACAUGUGCAUCAAUAUAUACACUGCCAAAUAUUUUGUAAUCAUAAUAAUUAUUAUUUUAAGUUAACUUGAAAUGUUUUACCUAAAACUGCUGUAUAUGGCUAAUUUGAUUGAUUGAUGUUUUCUGUGGUGUGGUAACACAUUUUUUUCACAUAGUUGAAAUUGUAAAUACUUAGCAGCUCAUAUUAAGCUGCUGCCAAAUAUGCAAAGCAUAUAAGGUGCUUCAUUUUUCAGUAAAUAUUUAAAUGGAUAGUAAUGUGUUACAUUUUUCAGUAAAUGUUUAUUGUAAAUGUGUCAUGUAACAUUUUUCAGUAAAUAUUUUUAUGAAUUGAAAUUUGUUACAUUUUUCAGUAAAUGUUUAUGUGGAAUCUAAUAUGCUACAUUUUUCAGUAAAUGUUUAUAUUGAAUGUUAUGUGUUACAUUUUUCAGUAAAUGUUUAUGUUGAAUGUAAGAUGUUACAUUUUUCAGUAAAUGUUUAUAUGAAAUGUAACGUGUUACAGUUUUUUUGUAAUAUGUUAUAUAUUUUUCAGUAAAUGUUUAUAUGAAGUGUGAUGUAUAACAUAAUUAUGUAGUUUAAUGUGAAAGCUUAUUUAUUAUUUCGUUUAUUUGAAAUCUAAAGUUGUUCCUAUAUCGUGGAUUAUGUUGAAUCUAUGCCAUGGAUUAUGUUGGAACAUAAGCUGUUUUUUCUGUGUAUUGAUUGUGUAACAUUUGUACCUUAUGCUGUUAUGAGAGAAGAUACUAUAAAAACUCAAAUCCAAACAAAAAUAAAUGAAAAAAUAUACAAGAAUA